UCUGAUCGACUAGUCGCCGACUUUGGAGCUUGACAUCUUGUUCCAAAGCCAUUUGAGACAUGGCCAUGGAGGCAAAAUCGCCUCGUCGUGUGUGCAGCCAUGCGCACCUUGAGGAGAACGACGGACUCCGCAAGACGGUGUCCUUCAACAAGCGGCGUUUUGAUCCCAGCAAGCUCCCACCUGACAUGCUCAGAGUGUACAAGUCUCUUAAAGAGAGGUUCGACGAGGAGUAUGCUUUGCUGUUUGUUUUCAACAUGCAGACGGCAAUGGAGAUGCACCGGGCUUGGAACAUGACCUUGUUGACCUCCAAGACCUUAAAGAAGUGCUCAGAGAUGGUGGGGCUGACGAUGACGUGGGAGCUGGGGGUGAUCAAGUUGAAGUUCUUCAUGGAGGAUGGCGACUUUGAGCUUCAGCGAAAAGUGCCCUAUGACUACGAUUCCGAGUUCCAGGACAUGUUCAUGAGAAUUGCCUCGGCGCUCUACAAUGGACACAUGACGGUUCACGAAGCCUUGCUCUUCCAACAAGAAGCCAAGGAAGGAAAGCACACAGCCGGGACAGGCUUGUUCAUCCGCGACUACCCGGGUCGUUUGAUCAUAUUGCCUGCCAUGUCCUCCACCUGUGCCGUGAUCUUCUUUGGAGGGACUCAUCGCGAGGCGGGCGUGGCGGCCAUCUGUGGCCUGGUAACAGGUCUCAUCGAGUAUUUCCUGGUAAGGGUCGGAGGCGAAGCCACCAUGCUGAUUGAUCUGGCAGUGGGCUUCAUUACGGGAGUCAUUGGAAGCCUCUUCUAUCAUUUCGAUGGUCAGAACUACUGCAUGGUCUCUAUUUUCAUGGGCACCUUGUACUGGUUCUUCUAUGGUACCGCCUUCGUGGUGGGUUUGGUCGAGAUCUUGGCUGGGGAGUUGGAAACGGGCGUCACCCGCUUCAUGGCCGUCAGCAUCAAGACCUUCGUGCUGUGCGUGAUGUGCUGCUGUGGCAUCCUGGUGACGCUGGACAACCCGGCUCAAGUCUGGGCGGCCCAAUCAACCUACUGCAACACCCUUGACCUAGGCGAGUAUUGGUGGCGCAUCCCCCUGUAUCUAGCGUGCUCAGUAGCUGUGCUGGGGCAGUAUCGUUUCCGCUUGGAGCAAAUGUGGCGGGGUUUGUUGGUGCAGCUUGCUGGCUACGAAGCCCAGUUUCAGGUGUCGCGGUAUUUCCUGAACAAAGCCGACCACGCGGCGAAAGACAACCUGGACGUCAUGGCAUCCAAUAUAUGUGGAGCCGCUGCCAGCGUCCUCACUGCCUGCUUCCUCUCGGCCAUGAUGGAUAAAAUCAACUCCAUCUACUACGCCCAGCUCCUUCAACGGGGUGCGCACCGGGACGAGACUGACAGUAAGCUGGAUGACGUCUUAUACGGCUGCAUCUCCGGAGUCGUCAAGUGCUUCAACUGCAUCGGGAUCGGCAGGAAGCACGACAAACAUAUGGUGGAGUUGGAGAAGAAGAUCUACCAGCAUUCCAAGGAGCUCAAGGACCCCACGCAUGAACGUACGGAGAUUAAAUUGGAUCCCGAGGAGGAGGAUUUGUUGCUGGACACCAUCGUCUAUGCGGAGUCCAUGAACAUUUGGGCCAUGCUGAUGCCGGCGGUGUACCAGUUGGUGCCUGGCUCCAUGAUUGCCAGGAUGUGGUUCGAAACCAUCAUUCCGCCAGCAGAUUCAUCACAACAGGACAACACCUUCGCCGGGCUGAUGGUGACCUCGAUCUCCUUGGCCUUGGGAUUGAUCCUCGGCGAGGCCAUCGUGGAAAUCAUCUCCGGCAUUUUCCAGGCGAUCUUCGGGUCCCGUUCCAAGAAGGACGACCCUCCGGAGGAGGAGACAAAAGUCAAGGUAAGCGAACCCAACGAUGGUGCUGUCGCUAUUGCUGUGGAUGAGAAGAUGUCUGAGGACAGUACAUGGCCACUUUAAUCUGUACCCGGCUGGCGCACGAAUAAGAGCCAGACUGCGCAGGAACCAAGUGAGCUGAUUAAAUCAGCACACUUAGAGCUUUUUCAAACGUAGAAUUCAGUACCUUGAAACUGAGAAACUGCUGAAUGCUUGUAGUGGACUGGCUUCGGUCAGCGAAAUUGUACUGAUUCCAAGCGGUUGCAAUGACACCAGAGGAAAA